AUGCUUGCUUCUACUACUAAUAGUGGUGAUAAUUCACAAACGCUGACAGCAGCAGAAUUCUUGGCUGGUUCCAAUGAUACUCGAUCAUCACAGCAGUUUUUACAACCCAAUAGCAAUGACCCUGACAACGCCAAUAGCAACACAUCCAAGAAGAAAUCGAUGGAAAGGAUCUCACAAUUAUUUCAAAAGAAAUCCAAAAAGAAAUCCAUCAGCUCGUCACUCACACCAUCCUUCUCCUCCGUUUCUCUCUCCUCACCUCCUGUUCGAGCUAGUGUCAAACCAAAUCUUACCUCCGCUGCCAAGGACAUGAACACCACCAUUGCUAAUAAUUGUUACACCACCGAUACCCCCCAACCAGCAGCAACGACACUUUGCAACGACAACGAAUUAUCAGAACAACGCCCCUCCUAUGAAGGUGAAACCAAGUCCUCUCAAGAUGACAAACGUAAUGACGAAGAGGAAAAAGCAAGUCGAGACUCGUCGGCCAAUACAACUACCACAACCACAACCACCACUCCAACCUCAUCCAAUUCCCUCCGCAACACAGCUCCGCUGAAAACAAUGCUGGCAUGUCAACGCCAAGUAUUAGAAGAUUUGAAAGCAGAGCAUCAGCAAUAUGAGGAGGAUAUCAAAUCGCUUACUGAGCGUGUGGAACAGCUGAAGAGCAAACGUUGUCAGCGUAGUCAAGAUUUGAGCCAACUGAAAGCCAACUAUGAUACGCACGUGCAAUCCUUACGUGCUACAGGGGACGAUCUUCACAGCGUGAGAGCCAAAAUUGAGCAACUUAAACAAGGCAUGCAAGAGUUAGCAGCGGCUCUUGUGGAAAGGGCUGAUCAUACAGUGGCGACACGCGCUCUGGCCACCUUUUGGCUCAAUCUCAACAAGGCCAUUACCGACUUGGGGUGUCCUCUUUCUCCGCAACGGCUACAAAUGCUGACAGAGAAAUUCAUGAUGGAUGUCCUUGUACAAAACCUCAACUUGAAUGUGUUUCCCGGUCUCGACAUCAUCGAUCACUACAAUCAAUUACAAUAUUGGCUCGAAGACAAUUAUACAGAACAAUGCGCCAAUCUUCCUACACGCCUACGACAAGAAAUCGCCCUUGUCAUCCACAAGACCGAGUCCGAUAAGAAUAGCCAGGUGUAUAAAUCAAGACAUACAGCGCUCCAAAACAAUUGGAAGUAUCUAUACAGUGGCCUCGUCAAGGCAUAUCCCUUUGUGUAUCAACAUGAUAAGGCCGAGCCUGAUGUAAGGAAGCAUUAUGGUGCUCGCGUGCAAAUGUUGGUGGAACAAGCGAUUUCUCUUGGAUUGGCGAUCAAGGGGCAAGAAGAAGAUAUCACAGCAGCAGCCGUGGCAGAAGGAGAGCAAUCCUUUGAUCCAGAGACAAUGAUUGAUGAAGAUGGUCAGAAUUCAGGCACCGUUGUAUUUUGUAUUUGUCCUCCCUUUGUUGUAGGGAAUCUUGAUUCAGUAAGAACGUUACUUAAAGGUCGUGUGCUUUGCACAUCACAAUAA